CUUCCUAGCCAGUAGUAAGGUCCAAGCCUCGAGAGGUUUCAACUUCCAACCACUAAAAUCAAAUCGAAUUAAAUAGGAGAAAGUGAGGGAUAGCUUGAUAAAUACAGGGAUAAGGGUGCAAGCUGCUUUCAUCCUUUCAUACACUUCCAACUCUUUCUCUCAGCUAGACUCUCUUCCAAUUGUUUCUAGUUAAGAAAGAAGCCAAACAGCGCCAUCAUCUGAGAUUUCCCUGAAUUCUUUUCGUAAAAGAGAUGAAGAGAAGGAAGAAUAUAUAUAGGAGGCUUGCAUCAACUAAUUGAGAAAACAGAAGAAAGAGGAGCACAGUUUCAAGAUCACUGUCCAGAGGUUCUGGUGAUCUCGUGAGGUUGCUGCUCUGUCUCAUCUACAUAAAUUGAUAGGCCAUCAAAUGAUCACUAAUAUGUCUUCACCCCAUUCUAAAAUGAAUCUUUCAACAACUGUGAUUUCUUUGAUUAAAUUCACCAUUAUUAACAAUUAUCAACAACUACACAAGCAUGUGGGCAUAUACAUUGUCCAUGGUGCAAUUGUUGGAGUUCUUAGGAAUGGAUAUUGGGCAUAUCCAUCCUAAGCAUGAUUGCCUGAAAUGUGGUCGCAGUGUAGGGCAAAUGAUCAACAGGUUCCGCAUCAAAGUUGAAGUGUUUGAUGGUGUGGACAUUGCUGUGUUUGUCUUAUACAAUGGUGAGGUAGGAGAACUUGCUGGUUUUUCAUGCGAGGAGCUUAUCAAUACCAUUGAUCUGGAGAAUAAGGUGAUACCCGAUGGUGAGUACCCUGAUGAUAUUGAGGAGAAUCUAGUGGGUCAAGGGAUGCUCUUCAAGGUCCGCAGUAAUGGUGGGGGGAUGUAUUGCAAGGAUGAAUACUAUGAAGUUAUGAGGAUAUGCACUGAUUUGGAAAUCAUUGAUAUGUUCCAUGAGAAUGAUGAUAUUGUCACACCCAAUAAGGCAAUGUUCAGCCCACCAUUUCCCAAAAUUGAAAACACAAAUGCUGCAGAUGAUCAUAGUUCCAGUUUGAACGGUCAAGUCGCUGGCUCAUCUGAAUCGAGCAGCUCUGAACAUGGGAUACGUCGAUUGCGUAGGAAGUUGUUGCAUGACCUUGGGUCUGAUGUUGAAGAGGGUCGACGGUGGUGAGCACAAUAUGGCCGAUGCACGGUUUGCUGAUCUGGCUGCUGAGAUGAUGGUUGAUGGAAAGCAGAACCCGGAUGAAUCAUUGUUUGGACAUGGAGACAUAGACGAUGAAGACGCUGUAUUGGUUGCUGCUGAUGAUGGAAAGUCUGAGAAAAUGGAGAAGAUCGAUGUGGCACCAUAUAUUGGCAGUGUAGGACAUGGAGUGUUUGCGCCUGUUUGUUCUGCUGAUGAAGGGAUGCGUACUUUAGAUGUCACUGCUGAAGACAUCAGUGUUGUAGUUGAUGAUGAGUAUGGUUCUAAUGAAAAUGUGUUUGAAAUCAUUGAUUCUUCCGGAGAAGAAGACAUGUAUGACAAUUUGGAUAUAUGUGGAAUCAAUAUAAAGGUCAAGGUUGAGGUUGUUCAGAAUGAGGCUGUGAAAGUCAUGAAGAAAUUGGUUGAUGGUGAUGGCAUAAUUGUCAUCUCAGAUGAAGAUGACGAUGAAUCUGUUGCUUGAGUUACAUUGGAGCCACCACAAGGAUGUUGCAGACUAUAUGCAGAAUGUCUUACAUUUUACUGAUGAAGAAUGUCUUAUAUGACAUCUUCCAAAACUUUUGAUUAUAUUAAAUAGUAUAUAUAGGGUUGUCUAAAAUCAAGUAUGUCUUUUUGACACAUGGAUUGGAACUGGUCACUAUUCUCUGAGCAUA